AUGCCUGAGAUUGCAGAAGUUGCACGUAUUGUCCACUUCCUACGACUUCAUGUUGUGGGGAAACGCAUCAUAUCCGCUUCAGCAAUAGAUGACAAGAAUGUGUUCGGUAAAGUUGGUACAAGUGGCGAGGAGGUGGAAGCAGCCCUGAAGGGAAAGAAGAUCAUGUCUGCUGGAAGUCAGGGGAAAUACUUCUGGAUAACCCUCGAAAAGCCUCCCCAUCUAGUAAUGCACUUUGGGAUGACAGGUUGGAUGCACAUCAAGGAUGAGCAGACGGCAUACACAAACUACUAUAAGAAGAUGAAGGAGGGCGAGCAUGAGCAAUGGCCGCCACGGUUCUGGAAGUUUCAGUUCAAGACUGAGGGCUCUCCUGAAGUUGAAGCUGCUUUCACAGAUUCACGCAGGUUUGGUCGUGUACGACUCAUCGACUGCCCAGGAGACGAGAUAAGACAACACUCACCCCUUGUCGAGAACGGCCCAGAUCCAGUUGUCGACGUUGAUCGGUUCACCGAGGAAUAUUUGCAUAGCAAGAUGCGAGCCCGCCGCGUUCCUAUAAAAGCCCUUUUACUUGACCAAACAAUGAUCAGUGGUAUUGGAAACUGGGUUGCAGACGAGACACUUUACCAGGCUAAGCUCCACCCUGAACAGUACUGCGACCAGUUCAGCGAUGCGCAAAUCACCACUCUCUACAAGAUGAUACGCUACGUCUGCCAAACAGCUGUCGACAAGCUAGGAGACUCUGAUGAGUUCCCGGAACAUUGGCUCUUCAAUUACAGAUGGGGCAAGGGGUCCAAGGAUGCUGCGACGAAGCUGCCCAAUGGAGAAAAAAUAGCUUUCAUCACAGUUGGCGGACGAACGAGCUGUUAUGCUCCAGGUGUGCAGAAGAAGACUGGUAACACAGCUGCCGGAAUCAAAGAAGAAUCUCUUGAGAGUAAGGCAGAAGCAAAGCCCUCCAAAAAUUCAAGGAAGAAGUCACCAGAUGCGGAAGAAGGAGACGCCUCACCCCCAAAGAAGAAGCGUGCAAAGGCUGUUAAGAAGGAGACCAAUGAGGACCCCGUAAAGAAAGAGCGUGCGAAGACCAUCAAGAAGGAGAUCAACGGCGAUACCAUAAAGAAGGAACCCGAGGUAGAGGAAGACAAGCCAGAUCUAGGACGAAGGAGAUCGACCCGUCUAAGGAAGUAG